AUGAGUGAUGACAGUAGUGAGUACUUUGACUUUCCACUGCAAAAGUUGGUAAUAACAGCAGAGUAUAUCGUUUUGGCUGGACUGUGUUUGGUUCAGUCAAUCCGGAUUAUUAAAAAUCACCACAAAAUAUGCGGGUUUCAAAACGUCUUAGUGCUUCUUCUAAUGUUUUGGAGUAUCUUUCGGGUUGUCGAAACGAUGAUUGCGUUUCUCUUGAUUGUACUCGACGUGCAUGAGAAUGAAAUCAAUGCAAUGAGUCCCGAAGAGUGGUUAAUCACCGAGUUUGUUCCAAAAAACUAUAUUUUAUCUAUAACAAAUACUACCGCCAUAGAAUAA